CAUCACAAGACGUUGAACUUCUUCACUGCAAUAAUCAAACUCAAACAAACCUUUCUCCUUCACCAUGUCCAACCAAUUAACAUGCCCAAAAUCUCAAACCAUCGACCCCUACCAGAACAUGAAUCUGGUUGUGAACUCCGACGGCACGCUAUCUCGCUUAUUUGAAGAUCCACUCAUCUUACCUUCAUCAGACGCCACUCUUUCAGUUCUCACCAAAGAUAUCCCAAUCAACCCAUCAAACAACACCUGGCUUCGUUUAUUCUUACCUCGAAACGCAACCCUUAAUCACAACCAACAACAAAAGCUUCCCCUCAUUCUUUUCUUCCAUGCCGGUGGCUUCAUUGUGCUCAGUGCUGCUUCCACCUUGUUCCACAGCUUCUUAGUGGAAAUGGCGGAAACUGUCCAAGCCAUCGUUGCCUCCGUCGAAUACCGCCUCGCGCCGGAGCACCGGUUACCAGCCGCGUAUGACGACGCCAUGGAAGCGCUGCACUGCAUCAGAACCAGCAAAGAUGAGUGGCUGACAAAAUAUGCUGAUUACUCUAAUUGUUACCUGAUGGGAAGCAGCGCUGGGGGAAAUAUCGCAUACCAUGUAGGUCUACGUGCUUCAGCGGAGGUGAAUGAUCUUGAGCCGUUGAAGAUUCAAGGGUUGAUAUUGCGGCAACCAUUCUUUGGUGGGACCAAGAGGACUGACUCAGAGUUGAAGUAUGAGAAUAACCAUGUUAUCCCCUUAACUUUUACUGAUCUCAUGUGGGAGCUUGCAUUGCCAAUUGGUGCUAAUCGUGAUCAUGAGUAUGCUAAUCUGACAGCUGGGGUUGGUUUUGAUGAGAAGCUGGAUAAGAUAAGGGAACUUGGGUGGAGGGUAUUGGUGAGUGGGACCGGUGAGGAUCCUCUGGUGGAUCGUGAGAAGGAGUUGGUGAUGUUAAUGGAAGAGAAGGGUGUGCAUGUGGUUAAGGAUUUUCUGGAAGAAGGUUAUCAUGUGGUGGAGUAUUUUGAGCCAUCAAAAGCAGAGCAUGUGAUUAGCUCGGUGAAAGCUUUCAUUUUCUCUUCGGGUCCAUAAGAUCAAGAGUAAUGUUUAAGGUUCCCACUAGGGUGGACCGGUGGACAACUUAAAAAUUGGUCCACCGGUGCACCAAGGGCUAUUUUUGUAAUUUAUAAUAUAUUAAAAAUAUAAAAAAAUUCAGUCAUCUUCCCUAUUGAUCUCUGCCUGAGCUUCAGACAAUUCUCUUUCCUUAUCUGCAACCACGCACACAGACACACACACCACCACAAUCAACAACACGAAGAAAAUCAAGUGCAAAACUCUUCAGAUCGAAUCGUGCAGCAAGUUCAUGAAACCGCCGCCUCAGGUUCAUGACACUGCCUUCCUUAAACGAUCCAGACACCGCCAACGGCGCUGGAGUAGCCACCGUCGCCUCAAGUCCACCUCCGCCGGAACACUCCGCUAUGGCCGAUCUAACCGAUGCCGCCACAGCCCGCAGCCACUCACAUCCAAAUUCUCCUCCUACAUCUGAAGAUCCCAAAUGCUCGUUGUGCAUAAAUCUGCCAGGUCGAGGGAGAAGGAAAUGCGGUUUCGCGGCGUGAGGAGCGUCCCCUAGAUCCCCAUCUCCCAUGGCUUCUCCAAGUUAUGGAAAGAAAGCCCGCGUCUCCCAGAUCCCCAUCUCCCAUGGCUUCCAUCUUCCAGAUCCCAAUCUCCCAUGGCUUCUCCACGUUCUGGAAAGAUGAAGAGCAUGGUGUACCAACUGAAGAGAAGAUGGGUUACUGUGUGUGGGUGUGUAUGAACUUUGAUUUCAUAUCCCAAUCUUCCUUCUGUGUUACUGUGUGUGGGUGUGUAUGAACUUUGAUUUCACUGUUUAAUUUGGGUUGAGCACUGAUUUGGUUUCUCAUAGUUGAAAUCUUAAUUGAUUUGGCUCAUUUCUAAGCUCUGCUACCACUGUGAAUAACAUGUAACAAGUUUGCUUC